UGGAGUAACCUAAUCGAACCCAAAACCCAAACCAAUAAUUAUUUGAUUAUAAUUACAAUUUUAAUUUUCAUUAUUAUCUUUUUAUUUAUUUUUCGAUGAAAGAGGUCACAACACAACACAACAUCAAUAGCUAACAUAACACCUCAGUUCCAAAUUUCAAUUUCAAUUUCAAUGGCAAAUCCAAAACUAUUAUUCUUCAUCUUCUUCUUCUUCUUAUUCUCCUUCGUAUGCUUUGUUCACUCCGAUUCUCAUUUCGAAGGUUUUGAAGCCGAAGACGAUGACGCCGAAUUCGAAGAUUCAUCCAUCGAUCCCGCUUCUCUCCGUUCACCACCCUCUCAAUCCCUCUCCACCGAUCCCAAUCCAAAUCCUAAUCCUAAUCCCAAUCAUUCUCCACCGUCCGAUCUUCCCAAAUCCACACCUCCCACCGCCACCACAUUCGAUUUCUGGGACGACGAUGAAUUCGAAGGCCUUCCAGUUGAACAACACCCCGACCUUCACGUUCCAAUCACCGAUCCAAAAUCCACUGAUAACACCAACGACACCACUUCCUCUCACGAUCAAAACGUGAAGCCUCUUCCACGAUCCUUCACCGUUGAGAUUAUCUGCGGUAGUUUCCUUAUUAUCUUCGCUAUCAAUUACUUCACCGGUAAAAAGGAAAACGAACACAUAGCACUUUCAUGGGCCACACACUUCGCUGCCAAAGACUCCAUUUUUGACAAAAAUUUCAGUCUUUUAGGGAUCGGCGACGGCGGCGACGAUGCUCCUUUGUUGUUGAAAGAAGGGCAAACAACCUUCAAGUUUUACGCUAGUGGUAGAAGGUAUUGUCAAGGGUUGUUGGCUACUUUGGAAUUGAAGAGUAGACACGAUCUCAUUGCUAGGAUUUAUAACAUGGUGGUUCCUUCUAAGGAUGAGAUUAGUUUUGAGGUUUACAUGAAUGAUGAUGCUAUGGAUCAUGUUGUUUUUGCUAUGGCUAAGAAGAAGGCUGCUAAAGCUAUGCAUAAGGAUUUCAGGGAUUUGCAGAGAUUUGCUACUAUUUUAUCUCCUCCUACUUCGAGGAAGUGGGUUGUUGAUGACCUUGCUGUUAUUUCUGAGUCUAGGGAAGUUGCUUCUGAUUUGAUCACCGAUUCCCUUAUUGACCAGGUUUUUGGUGACAAGGCUUUUGAGAAAUUUGGAAAAGGAUUAAUUUCAGUGCAUUUCUCCGAUAAUCACCCUGGCAUACACAAGAAAGUAUUGCUGUUCAAGUUUGUUCUUCCCGCUGCUAAAAACAUGGCUGAUAUGACUCGACUGGUGGCUCUUGUUCCGUAUUAUAUUGAUUUGAUUGGAAGAUAUAAAUUGAGUUCUCAGGCGCGGUCUAAGACAGACGCCGCACGACAAAAGGCUGCUCAAGAGGCACAGAAAGAACUUCGAAAUAUCCAACAAGAGGCCAUGCAAAGAAGAAAGGCAGAGAGGAAAAAGAUGAUGGAGGAGGCUGAGGCAAAGCUCGGUGCAGAGGCCAUUCGAAAGAAGGAAGCAAAAGAACGUGCUCGCCAAAUGAAAAAGGCAAUGCCAAGGAUGAAAAUGUCUCGUGGUGCCUAAUUCUUGAUGAUUUGCACGUAGAACUGAAGGCCAUCCCCUCCCAACGUACGAUGUAGUUGGGUCCUUGCCUUUUUGUAGAAUUAUGGCAAUGUACUUUGUUAGUUUUCAUUUCCUUUCGAGUUAGCUAGAUAGACGUGACCACAUUUUGGUGGAUUUUGAAUGUACCAAAAUAUGGAUCUUAGAGACAUUCAUAAGAUCUUGAUAACUUCAAUCUAUUUAUCCUUAGUUCUAGUUGACUUUUGUUUUUCCACUUUCUUUGUUAACAUGCUGAAAUUGCAUGCAGUGACAACGAAUGCCUAAUGAACUUUAAAUUUUUUA